AGAGAGAAAGAGUAAAAAUGGUAAAAAGCCCAAAACAAAACGUGAGGAGCAGCAAGAAGACAGAUCAACACAAAGGGCCCAACCACAACGUCAUUUUUUAAUGAUGGAAGUUGCUAACAAUUGAUCGGAUCUCAUCAUCGUCGACUUCCUUCCUUUAACCCGUCACCGUCGUUGGGAAUUUCUCGGCGAUUGGGUCUUCCUUAGAAAAAUCAAACCUUUUUUGUUUAUAGAAUUUUCGAUUUGCGAAAAGAUUCAAUUUUUAUUCUUCCUUUUAGUCGACGCCAUUUUGUUUGGUUAAAAGCUAAACCUCACCAUUUUCAAUUCUUAAAAAAAAAGAAAAACUAAAUAGUUUUGUUGGGAGAGGAGGACUUGUAAUCUGCUCUGCUGUUAGAAUCAAUCUGGAUCUGAAGCUCUUCUAUCUUCUCGUCGCAGGUUCGAAGGCUAGUAAGAUCACAUGAGAGCCUGAGCUAGAGAUUGCCCGAGUUAGAUGAUCCGUAACUGAGCUGUCUGCAUUCUUUAACGAUGGGAGAGUGGGUCAUCGGAGCUUUCAUCAACAUUUUUGGAAGCGUUGCUAUUAAUUUCGGCACAAAUCUUCUCAAAUUGGGACAUAAUGAGAGAGAAAGGUUAGCUCUACAGGAUGGUGGCGGAGGAAAGACGCCAUUGAAGCCGAUUAUACAUUUUCAGACAUGGAGAGUUGGGAUCCUUGUCUUUCUUCUUGGGAAUUGCCUCAAUUUCAUUUCGUUUGGUUAUGCUGCUCAGUCCCUUUUAGCAGCUCUUGGAUCCAUUCAAUUUGUAUCCAACAUAGCGUUUGCUUAUGUUGUAUUAAACAAAAUGGUCACUGUUAAAGUACUCGUUGCUACAGCCUUUAUAGUUCUUGGAAACGUUUUCCUUGUAGCAUUUGGUAAUCACCAAUCACCAGUAUUCACUCCCGACCAGUUGGCAGAAAAAUACAGCAAUGUGACAUUCUUGAUAUACUGUGGGAUUUUGAUUUUAAUUGUAGCCGUGAACCAUUUCCUCUAUAGGAAGGGAGAAGUUUUGAUAUCUGUACCUGGACAAGAGAUUAGCUCCUAUUGGAAAAUGUUGCUCCCUUUCUCAUAUGCUGUGGUCUCCGGCGCUAUAGGAUCAUGUUCGGUUUUAUUCGCCAAGUCACUCUCAAACUUGCUGAGAUUGGCCAUGUCUAGUAGCUAUCAGUUGCACAGUUGGUUCACAUACUCUAUGCUUCUCUUAUUUCUUAGCACAGCUGGAUUCUGGAUGACAAGAUUAAACGAAGGGUUGUCACUAUAUGAUGCAAUUCUCAUUGUUCCAAUGUUUCAGAUUGCUUGGACUUUUUUCUCCAUAUGUACAGGAUUCAUCUACUUUCAAGAGUUUCAGGUUUUCGAUGCAUUAAGAACGACAAUGUUCAUAUUAGGAAUGAUGUGCGUGUUCAUAGGCAUUUCCUUACUAGCACCUGAUGAUACAAGAGGCAACGAGACGAAAGAAAAUUCAUCAUCUCUAGACUCCAUAGUGUCCUCAAGCGUACCAACUGAGGAGGACAGGUUGAUAUCACAAUCAUCGGAAGAUGGACACAGCAAAGACACAAGAGUAGUUGUACAAGGAAUGUAUAUGAAAGCAGCUGACCUCAUCGCCAAGACAAAGAUUGCUUGUUUAGCGGCAUUGGGCUUUGGCGAAGACUCUAUAAACGCAUCUGCGAUACUCGUGAUGCCUAUGGUAUCUUCAAAGAUUACAGGGUUUAGAGGAAACGGUCUUGAACGGGCAAAGAUUUUGUCCAUGAGAGGAUCAGGAUGGAGCAAACUAGCCAUGGAAGAAGAAGGAACAAGAAUGCUUGAAAAGACAUCUCAUCACUCUUCAAAGGCGUAAUUAGUUAGUAAAAACAGAGAGCUAUGAGACAGAUUCUCAGGUACAUUCUUCUCUUGUCAUAUGGCUUUAGUAGCAAAAAUCUGUUUUUAGGAUUCCAUUAAACAAAAAAAACCAUUACACGAUUGUGUAUUCUUGCAAAAACCCAAAUGUAUUACAUAUAACAUCUCUGUAUAUUAUUAUCUUUUGUUUGAGACCUGUUAAAAA